AUGGCGAAAUACGAUACACCCGGCAAAGACGUCGCUGCUGGCGAGCAGCUCGAGCUCGCAACCUCCUCUCUGACUCCUGAUGAGCAGAAGAGGACAAUCCGCCGCAUUGACGUCCGCCUGGUAUCAACGCUCGGAUUCCUCUACUGUGUCUCCCUCAUGGAUAGGAACAACACUGGAAUUGCGAUGAUUUCUGGCAUGAGCACGGAUCUGGUCAUGACGGGCAGCCGAUACUCUAUCGUCGUGCUCCUGUUCUUCAUUCCCUACGUGCUUUUCCAGCCUCCGUCGACCGCCAUCCUACGGAAAGUAGGACCACGCCUUUUUCUGUCACUUACAACGCUGGUUUGGGGUUUGGCAACCAUCGCGAGUGGGUUCGUUAAGAACUGGAGCGAGCUCAUCCCCCUCCGGCUCAUCCUUGGGGCUUGCGAGGCUGGAUUCUUCCCAGGUUGCGCAUACCUACUCAGUUGUUGGUAUCCCAGAUACGAGCUCCAGAAACGAAACGCCGUGUUCUAUCUCAUCGGAACAACCAUGUCUGCGUUCUCAGGCGUCCUGGCUCUCGGCUUCUCGCAGCUGGAUGGUCAUGGCGCCGGUCCUUCCUGCGGAAUAUCGGGGUGGAGGUGGAUCUUCAUCCUGCAGGGAGUGCUCACCUGUGUUGUGGCUGGCUUCGCCUACCUCACCGUCUUGGGCUUCCCCGACGCUGUGAGCCAUGUUUUGGGCCUCAAGCUGAGCAAGAGAGAGACCGACUUUAUCGUGGCAAGAAUCGAACUGGACAGAGGGGACGCCACUGCUGAACGCUUUUCUCUCCGCGAGUAUAUGGCAAAUGCUUAUGACCUCAAGAUCUGGGGCUUCGCCGCACUCUUUGGUCUCACUACCGUCAACACAUACGCUAUUGCUUACUUUCUUCCGUUGAUCCUGAAAGAUGGUCUGGGAUUCAGUGUCGCCGUGUCUCAAUGCCUCAUUGCGCCUCCGUACAUCGCUGCAGGAGUUGCCAUGUACACUAUGGCGUACCUGAGCGACAAGUAUCGAAUUCGUUCUCCGUUUAUCGUGUUCAACGGCUGCCUGCUCCUCAUUGGGCUGCCGCUGCUCGGCUUCGCUACCAACGUGGGCGCACGAUACUUUGGAGCCUUCGUCACCACCACGGCUUGCAACGCCAAUGUCCCCUGCAUCCUGACCUGGCAAGCCAAUAAUAUUCGCGGCCAAUGGAAGAGAGCUCUCUGCUCGGCUACCCUGGUUGGGACGGGGGGCAUUGGAGGUAUCAUUGGUAGUACCGUGUUCCGCAGCCAGGAUGCGCCUGGGUAUCGGCCAGGAAUCUACGCUGCGAUGAUCGCCAGUAGCUUAAUUAUUCUCAUCACCCUAGCGCUAGAUGUCAAGUUUUUCAGAGCGAACAAGCGCGCUGCGGCCGGUGGUAAGAUUAUCGGAGGACUAGAGGGAUUCCGGUAUACGCUUUGA